AUGCUUUCCCAGCUCACCACGGUGUGUUCGGUGGUCGACGAGCACCUCACCCGGACCCUCAACGCCACCGAGUUCACCCGCCAGCUUAUCAUUACCCCGACGUCCAAAUUCAUUACUGAGCUGUUGCUUGUGCUUUUCUUCAUUGUGAUCAACUACGAGAUUGUCUACUGGAGCGGGAUCCACUUGGGCCUCUGGGAGUACCACGCCAGGCAUAUCUUUAAGGAGAUCCCCGUCCACUGUGCCCAUGUGUACGUGCGGAUCAACGUGGUUACCGCUGACGAUACCGACCAAUUGAACAACUAUUAUAGCUUGAAACGGCAACUGAAACGAGGGGUGGCGUCGCUUACCAACUGGCUGAAGAUGACCGAGGAAGGACAACUGGUAUUCCAGCUACCUCAGUUUGUCAAAUACCACUUGGAGUUCUCUCCGGAAGACUUUGAGCUGUCUCAGGACCCGGAAUACGGGUGUACCGUUGACCACUUACGCAAACGGGUGCUUGAAUUGUGGAACGAGUCUGACUUGUAUUCGCCAUGGAACCAGCCUCAUCACCCGCCCCCGAAGCAAGUGGUGGUCUAUAGUAACAAGGAUGUCGAGGUUACGAAAGGCGAUGAGUACUUGAGUAAAGUCGAUAUCGAAACGGGUAACGUGAUUGACGUCGUGGUGGUGGUGGAACCCAACAACGAAAAAGAAUGA